UGUGUCUGGGGCCACGCAGCCUGACAUUUCAGGGGGAGAGGCCAGACAGAUGCAAGGUUGGGGGGAAAGAAAGUUCUAGAAAGAUUGAAAACAUGAAGACAAGGAGGAUUCCUAUCAGUGUUAUCUACUUAAACUGGUUGCGAUGGUAUGUAAAACACCAACCAAUUUUGCCUUUUCUCCUGGGGGACGGCAACUUAGGAGGAAGAGCCAGGAGAAGUGGCAACAUGUGUUAGCUGUUGAUAAUUAAGAGAAGGCUUAGGAGGAGCAGCUGAAGCCAGAGAGGUUGCCGUAACAAUGGAUUCGAUCACCCCAGCCCUUUCAGAAAUCAGGGGGAGGACCUCGGACGCCAGGACUCUGCGGGUAACUGCCGGCAGCCUGGACAGAGAGAAAGACCAGAACAGCGCCAUCUUUUCUGGGUUUGCGGGAUUCCUUGCCAUCCUCCUGACCACUGUGAUUUUCUACAGCCUGUGGAACUGGAAUAAAUGGAAGAAACACCGACAAGUCCCUUACUUCCGAGUUACCGUCAUGCCCUUACCCUCUCUGUCUCGACCCAGACAAGGAACCAAAAAUAUUUAUGACUCCUUUCCCCAGAGGCAAGAAGAGCUGGGGAGACGUCAGUCAAGGAGUAACCGCAUUUUCAGCACUGAGGGCCUCCUCUCCAGAAAUUCUGAUAGACCUCCUUCUGAGCCUGUGCCCUCCCAAGCAGCCAAUGCCCUCUGGCGGCACAGAGACCAUACUCCUGCCAACGGUUAUGCAGUGGGCAUCUAUGACAAUGCCACAGGGCUCCAGAUGUGUGGGGACCUCACUCCCUCAGCAAACUAUGUCAAUGUCAAAGCAGCCCGAGACUGCCUGAGCAUUUCUUCAGAGGAUUCGAGAGAUUACAUCAAUGUCCCCACAGCAGAGGAGAUUGCUAAGGCUCUAGCUUCUACCAACAGCACCCCCGCGAACCUCUUUGCCCUCCCACAUGCCCAGGAGCUGGAGCUUACUGAGGAAAAAGACAAGGGCUGUGGGAAUGCCAGUGACCGCACCCGUUUUUGGCCUCCAAGAUCCGAGAGCGAUGAUCCACUCAGCGAUGGGGAUGGCUCUUCUGAAACCUCAAAUGACUAUGUCAAUAUGGCAGGGUUGAAUCUGGAGACCCUCCAGGGGAAGCAGCCCCAGAUGGCUUUCCAGUGCUACAGAGAUUAUGAAAAUGUCCCAUCAGCACCUACCAACGGAAACCAGCAGCAGGUGGAGGAAGAAGGGACCUCCUCAAACACGGACCAUGUGGAAGGCUGGACGGAUGGUCCAGGUACCCACCUCCAAUUUGUCAUGCAGUCAGGGACGUUUCUGGCUCUAGGGGAACAUGUGACCUGUCAGCCAUCUGCACAGAGUGAGACUAGUCAGAUAAAACACGGAGAAGAAAUGUCAAACGACAUUUCUAGCGACUAUGAGAAUGUGCUAGCUGCCAAGUCAGGAGACAGGGACUCCAAGCAGGGGCCAGACACAUAGCUCCUUCCUGAUGAAUUGGGACCCAGGCACCCAGUUGGAGAGCUCUGUGGAGUAGUCUAUUCUGCCGGAUCCCUGGCCACUAUAGGGUGUGGUGAAGACCACUGACCAUCCUUGUAUUUCAGUGGGUUCGUCUGAACCCAGUAGACGACAAAGAGGCUGAGAUACACAGAAGUUAAGGAACUAACAAAAGCCAGCUUCUGAGAAAGCCAGAAAGGAAUUCUUCUCAAGCAUGGUGCUGUUAUCUCUCAUACUAACCUAAGAAUGUUUGCUGAAACUGCCUUAUAGGAUGGUUAGUAGAUUAAAAAUUCGAUAGUUCUUUUGUGCACAGUGGAAACAUGAGGAGGGUUAAAAUCAUUACCUUUGUGAAUACCAGCAAGAUGCAAAGCGAGAAUAUGGGUUAGUUUGUAAUCCAGGCAGAGGCCAAAAAGAAGAAGGAAGUCAGAGUUGGGGUGGGGCAGCAGUUUCCAGUUGAAAAAGAGCGUGGACAACCAAAUGCUAGAGAAGAUGUGGGACAGCAGAACGGUCAUUCAUUGCAAAGCACAAUAUCCACUUUGGAAGUGUUUGGCAGUUUCUCACGAACAUACAUUUACUAUACAGCUCAGCCAUUCCACUCCCGGGUGUUUAUCCAAGAGAAUUGAAAACUUGUGUUCAUACAAAAGCCCAUAUAUAACUAUUUAUAGCAGCUUUAUUCACAAUUGCCAAAACUAGAAAUAACCCAGGUGUCCUUCAACAGGUAAAUAGACAAACUGUGGUAUGUCCAUGUAAUAAGGUUAUCUAUACUCAGCAGUAAAAAGGAAUGAACUAUUGGUUCGUGCAACAACCUAGACAAAUCUUAAAAGCACUUUGCUUAGUGAAAGAAGCUAGCCCUAAAAAUCUACAUAUUGUAUGGUUCCAUUUAUAUGACCUUCUGGAAAAGACAAAACUAUAGGGAUGGAAAACAGAUCAGUGGUUGCCAGGUUUAGGGAAAGGAAGUUUACUACAAAGGAAUUUUUAGGUUAAUGGGGCUCUUCUGUAUUGGUAUUGUGGUGGUGGAUACAGGACUCUGAAUUUGUCAAAACACAGGAAACUAUAUAGCACAACCAGUGACUUUUAUUGUAUGUAAAUUUUUUAAUUAACCAUGCUGUCAGGGAAAGCCAGGAUGGAAUGCAGAUUAAGACAAAUAAACCUAACUAUAUUAUAGAUGUAUGAUACAGCCUCACUGAAGGGGUGAAGGGAAAAGAAGCUGGCCUAAUUAACUUUAGGAAACAAUGUUUUCACUUGAGACUAUAAGAAAGACACAAGAAAACUACAUAAACACUGUACUCUAGUUGGUAAAUUCGUAUCUCAGAAGAAUAUAGGUUAGCAAUUCUUUUUUUUUUUUAAGAUUUUAUUUAUUUGACAGAGAGAGACUGAGCGAGAGAGGGAACACAAGCAGGGGGAUUGGGAAAGGGAGAAGCAGGCUUCCAUGCCGAGCAUGGUCCCAAGACCCUGGGACCAUGACCUGAGCCGAAGGCAGACGCUUGACAACUGAGCCACCCAGGCACCCUAGGUUAGCAAUUCUGAAAGUACUUUAACUGUAGCUUGAACAAAUAAGUAAAUAUAGAUAAGGAGGGACAGGUUUCUCAUUAUCAGAAAGGCUACAAUGAAUUCUGUGGUGCUGGAUUAGAUUUGGAGGUAUAGUUUGAACUCUUGUUUAUUUAAAUAUAUAUACGAAUAGAUACAGAAAUAAAUAUAGAUAUGUGUAUACAUAGGCUAGCAGACAUAUAUUUCUUAGCUCUGUCCACUAGAGGGUCUAGAAGAAUUGACACCCUAGAAGCAAUGAACACACUUAGCACCCAGGUCUUGGUUUCUAAAUAUCGUUCUCACUAGAAGGAACCAGAGCUCCUUGGAGAAAUGGGCAGUUCUAGGGCUGGGGUAGGGAAAACACAGGAGGGGGGCUUAACCAUCUUGUAGAUUUUAAAAAAAAAAAGGAAGAAAGAAAAAGAGAGGAGGGUGGCAGGGGAAGAAAACACAAGAAAAUAUGAAGGUAUGUCAAAAGGAGCCAUUUAAAAGAGUUCCCAGGGGCAAAGCUAGAACAAUUUCAGCAAUAAAAAUAAAUAAUUAUGAUAUAAAUUUGUAACUCAACAAAAUAAACAUUCUCGAAUCCAUACCAAUAAGUGAGUAAAAUGUAGGAGAGGGAGAAAUCUUCCUUCCUGAUGAAUUCUGAGUAAUAAAUAUAGAAGAAAUGAGGGGAAAACAAAAUCGCUACUAAGAUACCACAGAACUGUAUGUUAACUAUUCCGGAAUUAAAAUAAAAGCUUAAUUUAAAAAAACACCACAGAAUAAUUGCUAUAGGCAAGUCCUAAUCAAUGCUAAAAUUAGUGGAUGACACUUUGAAGAGAAAUAAGAUAGUUGCAUAGCUUCAAAGAUCUCCCCCCAAAUAUUUAUACAUUGCUACGAUGACUCUCACACAUGUCUGUCUACAAAUUAGUCAAUACUUUCCCCAGAACUUAAUUCCCCUCUCCUUCAGUGUGGAGUGUGGGUUGGAUUUAGUGACUCUUUUCUAACAAAUAGAAUAUGGAAAGGCGAGUGCAGGCGGGGGGGGGGGGGGGGGGGGGCGGUG